GGGGUUCCAGUCAUCAAUCACCAUUGAUCCCAUUGCCGGGUGACAUAUUUGCCCAUUACAUUGCAAGAAGUAUCGAAAUAAGAGUCCCUGUAAAUAUACGACAUUCGGGACGUUGUAGAAAGGACCACAAGGAUAAAUCUACCUGCGAUCCCCACUGGCAUAGAGGUGUCCAUCAAUAGCAAGAAACCCAAAUCCACCAAAAUCGAGGGGCUCACGCGAGCACGCACAAGAUGGAUACCGCAAUCGAUUUGACCGAUCCGAAGUCAGCGCUCAGUCUGCCACAUAUCAGAUAUCAAUUGAUCCGUCUCGAAGACACUGUACUGUUCCAUUUGAUCGAGCGGGCACAAUUCCCAUUUAGCAAAACGAUCUACACGCCCGAUGCCUUUACGUUGCCCGACUCAGGCUACUCCCUAUCAGACUGGAACCAUCGCGAGCAUGAAAAGCUACAGUCUCAGAUUCGUCGAUUCCAAAGCCCUGACGAGACUCCCUUCUACCCGGAUGCCAUGCAGCCAUUGAUUCUCCCACCUCUGGAAUACCCUCAAAUCUUAUGGGAAAACGAUGUCAAUGUGAACAAAGACAUCAAAUCAUUCUACGUCGAGACCCUCCUCCCUUCCAUUUGCGUUCAACUUCAACGUAGUGAACGUUCCGUAAAGGCGCAGGAAAACUAUGGCUCCGCCUGCACGGCGGAUGUUACCUGUCUGCAAGCACUUUCAAGGAGGAUUCAUUUCGGAAAAUUCGUGGCUGAGUCCAAAUUCCAGGAGGAUCCUGAGAAGUUUGUGAAAUUGAUCAAGGCGAGUGAUCGAGCGGGCAUCGAUGCAGCCAUCACGAAUGCUGCAGUCGAGCAGAAGGUCCUCGAGCGAUUGAGGUUGAAGGGCGAGGCUUAUGGAAUUGACCCUAACAUGACCACUGAUGGCUUGACACGAAAGAUCUCGGCAGAUGCGGUCGUCAGUCUCUACAAGGAUUUUGUAAUCCCGUGGACGAAGAUUGUCGAGGUCGAGUACUUGAUGCAACGUCUGAAGGGAACACAAUGGGAGUGAAUUCGGCGUCCACGUCGACACGACGAGUACGUGAAGAAGAUCAAGCACGAUAUCAGUGUUAGACCCCUCUGAAACAAACGCGGCGACUGACUUCUCGACGGAGCAAAACGAGAAGGCUUUGGGGAUGGAUAUACGUCGAAUUUGAAAUGCUCCGCGGUUGUGAGCGAAUGCCUGUUGCCCGAUGACGCGGAAGAAAAGAUGAAGCGGAGAAGCACUGUGAUAAGGGACAAAAAGUUUUGUUUAUGGUAUGAUGGAUUUACAGAACUACGUGGCUCUCAAUAAGCCGAGCGAUCUAGUGAUUAACCCAAUGAUGUAUGUAAGAUGUUCAUGCCACUGAAAACUUUGGAAC